GGGUUGUGGCGGUGCUUCGGGUGACAACGGUCAAUAAUGAAGGUGGCUGCGGCUCGGCAGCAGGCUCGGCUGCGCCGGGUGGGGGCGGCGCCGGGGCCGCGCCUGUAGGACCUCGGGGCCGGCACGGCAAGAUGCGGCCCCGGCGCGGGGAGUGAGGUGGUGGCGGCGGCGUCGAGCGGAACUUCAGCCAGAGGGGCUCUACUACUUCCCCCUCUGGCUCGUCGGCCUCCACUUGCAGCACCUCGGACCCCCAGUCCCGCGGGACCGGGAAGGCGACGGCGGGGGCAUGUGGCGCUGGAUUCGACAGCAGUUGGGCCACACUUAUGGUACAUGAAAGUUCCAACACUAAGGGUUCAAUGGGAGCUGCAGCUGCCGGCCUACACCACAGCCACAGCAGUGGCAGAUCCGAGCCAAAUCUGUGACCUAGGCUGGAGAUUAUGGCAACACCAGAACCUUAAUCCACUGAGCAAGGGUUUUGACCCACCACAUCAAAGUGACACAAGAACUAUUUACAUAGCCAACAGGUUUCCUCUGAAUGGCCUUUACACACCUCAGAAAUUUAUAGAUAAUCGGAUCAUUUCAUCUAAGUAUACUGUAUGGAAUUUUGUUCCAAAAAAUUUAUUUGAACAAUUCAGAAGAGUGGCAAACUUUUAUUUUCUUAUCAUAUUUUUGGUUCAGCUUAUGAUUGAUACACCUACCAGUCCAAUUACCAGUGGGCUUCCAUUGUUCUUUGUGAUAACAGUAACUGCCAUAAAGCAGGGAUAUGAAGAUUGGUUACGACAUAUUUCAGAUAAUGAAGUAAACGCAGCUCCUGUAUAUGUUGUUCGAAGUGGUGGCCUUGUGAAAACUAGGUCAAGGAACAUUCGGGUGGGUGAUAUUGUUCGAGUAGCCAAAGAUGAAGUUUUCCCUGCAGAUUUGGUGCUUCUAUCCUCAGAUCGACUUGAUGGUUCUUGUCAUAUUACAACUGCUAGUUUAGAUGGAGAAACUAACCUGAAGACACAUGUGGCAGUUCCAGAAACAGCAGUAUUACAAACAGUUGCCAAUUUGGACACUCUUAUAGCUGUGAUAGAAUGUCAGCAACCAGAAGCAGACUUGUACAGAUUCAUGGGACGAAUGAUAAUAACUCAACAAAUGGAGGAAAUUGUAAGACCUCUGGGGCCAGAGAGUCUCUUGCUUCGUGGAGCCAGAUUAAAAAACACAAAAGAAAUUUUUGGUGUUGCUGUAUAUACUGGAAUGGAAACCAAGAUGGCAUUAAAUUACAAAAGUAAAUCACAGAAACGGUCUGCAGUAGAAAAAUCAAUGAAUACAUUUUUGAUAAUAUAUCUAAUAAUCCUUAUUUCUGAAGCCAUCAUCAGUACUAUCUUGAAAUAUACAUGGCAAGCUGAAGAAAAAUGGGAUGAACCUUGGUAUAAUCAAAAAACAGAACAUCAAAGAAAUAGUAGUAAGAUUCUGAAAUUUAUUUCAGACUUCCUUGCUUUUUUGGUACUCUACAAUUUCAUCAUUCCAAUUUCAUUAUAUGUGACAGUCGAAAUGCAGAAAUUUCUUGGAUCAUUUUUUAUUGGCUGGGAUCUUGAUCUCUAUCAUGAAGAAUCAGAUCAGAAAGCUCAUGUCAAUACUUCUGAUUUGAAUGAAGAACUUGGACAGGUGGAAUAUGUGUUUACAGAUAAAACUGGUACACUGACAGAAAAUGAGAUGCAGUUUCGUGAAUGUUCAAUUAAUGGUGUAAAAUACCAAGAAAUGAAUGGUAGACUUGUAUCCGAAGGACCAACACCAGACUCUUUAGAAGGAAACUCAUCUUAUUUUAGUAGUAUAUCCCAUCUUGCAACCAGUUCCUCUUUUAGAACCAGUCCUGAAAAUGACACUGAACUGAUUAAAGAGCAUGAUCUCUUCUUUAAAGCAGUGAGUCUCUGUCACACUGUGCAGAUUAGCAGUGUUCAGACUGACGGCAUUGGUGAUGGUCCCUGGCAAUCCAACUUUGCUUCCUCCCAGUUGGAGUACUAUGCAUCUUCACCAGAUGAAAAGGCUCUAGUGGAAGCUGCUGCAAGAUUUGGCAUUGUAUUUAUUGGCAACUCUGAAGAAACUAUGGAAGUUAAAACACUUGGAAAACUGGAAAGGUACAAACUGCUUCAUAUUCUGGAAUUUGAUUCAGAUCGCAGAAGAAUGAGUGUAAUUGUUCAGGCACCUUCAGGUGAGAAACUAUUAUUUGCUAAAGGAGCUGAAUCAUCAAUUCUCCCUCAAUGUAUAGGUGGAGAAAUAGAAAAAACCAGAAUUCAUGUAGAUGAAUUUGCUUUGAAAGGGCUAAGAACUCUGUGUAUGGCCUAUAGACGAUUUACAUCUAAAGAGUAUGAGGAAAUAGAUCGACGCCUAUUUGAAGCGAGGACUGCCUUGCAGCAACGGGAAGAGAAAUUGGCAGAUGUUUUCCAGUUCAUAGAGAAAGACCUGAUAUUACUGGGAGCUACAGCAGUAGAAGACAAACUACAAGAUAAAGUUCGAGAAACUAUUGAAGCAUUGAGAAUGGCUGGUAUCAAAGUGUGGGUACUUACUGGAGAUAAACAUGAAACAGCUGUUAGUGUGAGUCUAUCAUGUGGACAUUUUCACAGAACAAUGAACAUUCUUGAACUUAUAAACCAGAAAUCAGACAGUGAAUGUGCUGAAAAAUUGAGGCAGCUUGCCAGAAGGAUUACAGAGGAUCAUGUGAUUCAGCAUGGCCUGGUGGUAGAUGGGACCAGUCUGUCUCUUGCGCUCAGAGAGCAUGAAAAACUAUUUAUGGAAGUUUGUAGGAAUUGUUCAGCUGUAUUAUGCUGUCGUAUGGCACCACUGCAGAAAGCAAAGGUAAUAAGACUGAUAAAAAUCUCACCUGAGAAACCUAUAACAUUAGCUGUUGGUGAUGGUGCUAAUGAUGUCAGCAUGAUACAAGAAGCACAUGUUGGCAUAGGGAUCAUGGGGAAAGAAGGAAGACAAGCUGCAAGGAACAGUGACUAUGCAAUAGCUAGAUUUAAAUUCCUCUCCAAAUUGCUUUUUGUUCAUGGUCAUUUUUAUUAUAUUAGAAUAGCUACCCUUGUACAGUAUUUUUUUUAUAAGAAUGUGUGCUUUAUCACACCCCAAUUUUUAUAUCAGUUCUACUGUUUGUUUUCUCAACAAACACUAUAUGACAGUGUGUACCUGACUUUAUACAAUAUUUGUUUUACAUCCCUACCUAUUCUGAUAUAUAGUCUAUUGGAACAGCAUAUAGACCCUCAUGUAUUACAGAACAAGCCCACCCUCUAUCGAGACAUCAGUAAAAACCGUCAACUAAGUAUGAAAACAUUUCUUUAUUGGACCAUCUUAGGUUUUAGUCAUGCUUUUAUUUUCUUUUUUGGAUCCUAUUUUCUAAUAGGGAAAGAUACAUCUCUGCUUGGAAAUGGCCAGAUGUUUGGAAACUGGACAUUUGGCACCUUGGUCUUCACAGUCAUGGUUAUUACAGUCACAGCGAAGAUGGCUUUGGAAACUCAUUUUUGGACCUGGAUCAAUCACCUUGUUACCUGGGGAUCUAUUUUAUUCUAUUUUAUAUUUUCAUUGUUUUAUGGAGGGAUUCUCUGGCCAUUUUUGGGCUCCCAAAAUAUGUAUUUUGUAUUUAUUGAGCUCCUGUCAAGUGGUUCUGCUUGGUUUGCCAUAAUCCUCAUGGUUGUUACAUGUCUGUUUCUUGAUAUUGUGAAGAAAGUAUUUGACCGACAGCUCCAUCCUACAAAUAUUGAAAAGGCACAGAUGUACUCCAACACAGUCGCUUUAAGUGACGAGUUCAUCGCACUGCAGCCAUUGUCAAGGGCAAGGAAUCAGCUGAGCAAACUUAGCUUACUGAAACAAAUUCAAGUAUCAAGUGCUUGGACUCCAUGUGUUGUUUCUCAGAAGGAGAAACAGCGUGCGCAUCUGUUGGAAGAAUGCUGGAACGAGUAAUAGGAAGAUGUAGUCCGACCCAUGUCAGCAGAUCAUGGAGUGCAUCGGAUCCUUUCUAUACCAACGACAGGAGCAUCUUGACUCUCUCCACAAUGGAUUCAUCUACUUGUUAAAGGGGCAGUUGUACUUGGUGGGAGCCAUUUCAACUCCUUUCCUAAAAUUCAGUGUGAUCAUCCUGGUAAUGGCCACACUAGCUCUGCGGAAUUACUUUCUGAAAUAUCUGGAGUAGUUCAUACCCACUUAUAGUUAUAAUGGCAAACGAACGAAAAGCAUUGCCAUGUACCUCCCUUAAUGUAAAUCUGAACAUGUUAAAAUUUGUGAAUGAUGAGGCAUUUUUCAUCUCUUUAUUUGGACUGUCUCAUGUGCUUAUGGGAUUCCUCCUGGCAUUUCAAUCUCUUAGUAAGGCCACUAUAUUUUAAUAUCAAGGUAGAAAGGGAGAUAAUUCCUAGUUAAUUGUAUUUUUUAGUAUUAGCUUGGUUAUUGACUCUUCUGUUUAAAUCUGCUUCUGUAAAUUAUGCUGAAAAGUUUGCCUUGAAAACUCUAUUUUUUUAUUAGAGUUAUAUUUGAAGCUUUUCAUGGGAAAAGUUAAUGUGAAUAGUAAGGAAUUUUGGUCCCUCAGUGACCUGUGUUGUUAAUUCAUAAGUGCUUUCUAAGUUCACAGAGCAAAUUAGGAGAAUGCGUUUCCAACCAUUAUUUACUGCACCAUGGGUAGUAAAUAUAUACCAGAACCAAACUUCUCUAAAUGUACUGUAACAGAAACAGUUAACCAUAUACAUGCAAAGAGUAUAUCAUAUCUUAUAUAUAUAAAUAUAUGAGGAAUCAAGUCCAUUCACCAAAUUUCAGAUUGAUGUUUACUAUUUUUGUGACAAUAUAAGGAACCUAUAGUGGGUAAAUUAGAUACCAUUAGCAUAUUAUUAUUUAAUGUGUUUAUCAUUGGAUCUUUUGCAUGCUUUAAUCUGAUUAAUAUAUUUAAAUUUGCUUUUUUUGUCUCUCUGAAGCCUCUGUUUAUAGUAUUUUAUGAUACUGUUGUAAAGUUCAACUAUAUCAAUAAAAAACAAGUUUGGACAGUAUUUAAAUAUCACAGAUACUUUUAAUUACACAAAUCAGAAUGUUAGGGAAAUUAAAUAAAAUGACAAGAGCCUCCUCUAUAGCUAGCUUAGAAUUGCUCUGGCCUUUCAGUAAGCUAGCUUUUAGAAUAAAGGAUUUCAGAUAAGAAUCCCGUUAUUUUCGGGUUAGUGUAUGUUAUCUAAAUUACAGCAGACUACCACAGUAAAGUGAAAUCUGCCCAGUGUCCCAUUAUAAGGUGUAUUUUCAGGCAUGCCCAUAGAGUCUAAAUGAAACAAAGUCUAAAAUGGCAAAUACAUGGAGUAAUGGCUACAAUACAUUUAAAUGUAAAAUGGUUAAUCAGGUAUGUAUUACUGGAUUAACUCGCUGCACUUCCAUCCUGAAUUUAUCAUUUAGAUCCACUGUUGUCUUGAUAAAAAGUAAUGUUUUGGAGUUGCCACCAUGGUACAGUGGAUUAGGACUCCAACUGCAGUGGUUUGGGUCACUGCAGAGGUGCAGGUUCGAUCCCUGGCCCAGUGCACUUGGUUAAAGGAUCCAGCAUUGCCACAGCUGCAGCAUUAGGUUUCUACUGUGGCUUGGAUUCAAUCCCUGGCCCAGGAAUUUCCAUAUGCCAUGAAUGUAGCAAUAAAAUUUAAAAAUAAUAAUAAUAAUGUUUUAAAAUUUGGAAAUGAUUAUUGGUUUAAGAACUAUUACCCAACCCUAAGCAUAUAAUGAUUGCAUACACAUGCAUUCAAAAUUGUAUUUAUAGAAAUGUUUAAGUAAGGUUUUGCCAAAAUUUUCACUGGAGAAUAUGAUAAUUUUUGCAGAUUUAUUGCACAACCCUCCUCCCCUUUCCCAUUUCAUGAAUAUAAGACUUCUGGAAUUGGGCUGGUAGGGAAAGAAUAGUAAAAUUAAGACUUUACCUUUGUUCACCAGUAAACUAUUUUCUUGCUAAUAUAUAACAUUUGUCUUUUUCAACAAUGUAAGGAUAUUAAGUUGUAAACUUGAGCCUAAACAUUAAUUUUCAUAAAUAGCCCUUCUUUAACUUAGAUAUUCCAAAAUUGUAUUUAGGAAGAGUGUUACUCUGGAAAUACAUCAAAGGAUCAUAAAAUGUACAAUGUAUAUCCUCACCAACUCAUGUUCCAGAAGUGGAAAUAUUGCAGAAUAUAUUCAGUAGAGUAGUUUAGUGGAGGAUAAAAGGGAAUUUGUUUUUUCUUAGAAUGUCUUAUAAAGUGUUCAUAUAACGAAAUGACAUUUGGUAGCCCUGCAUUACAUCUACCUUGCAGUGUUUAUUUGCCAUCAGUUUAACUAACAACCAAUACUAGGGAAGGACUGCAAAGCUAUCAAGCAGUCUCUGACCAGCUACAGCAAGGCAUGUGGUCAGCUAGCCUAUUUGGUGCUCAUGGUGUGAUUGGUGCAAUUUUCUGCAUUCACUACUUGAAGUUAUUUAAGAACUUUAUAUCCAGAAAAGGUUAAUAGCAUCUGCUGACACACUCAUCCUACUGUGUUGUUCAAAACCUACUCCAUUUAAGGGACGAUUAUCUUGUAAGGAGUUUUCUUCUACAGUGUCAUUUACAAACUUCCAGUAGUUUUCUAGUGCUAAUAUAUUGUAAAAUUAUUAUUACAUAAUGAGUAAUCAAAAAAUUUUCCCCUUGUGUAUUUCUUUAAAAUUCUUUGGCUGUUGAUAAUUAACUUACUCUUAUCUGCCAAAGCCAGGGUAUGAUGCUUCAUGUGUUAUUGCUAGUUAAUGGUCUUAAAUCUAUUUGCCUCACUGGCUUGCUUUUGCCUAGCCUGAAGGCUGUAGCCCUAAGAUAGGAGCAAGCACCAAGUCAGUUUCCGCAACUGCUUAUCAUCUGCUUUAGGUGAAUCAGCACUCUCCCUCGUUAUUAGUAAGCAUUAGACUCACUCUAGGAGGAGCUGAGUGUGGACCAGGAGAACUAUAGCUACCCAGGCUUGCUAUGGGGUUGAGGAGAAUUUUAGUUUAAAUUUCUCUUAACUUGUUUCUUCUUCAGGUCUUAAUCUCUCUGAUAUCCAAAGGCUUCCCAGACCUGAUCCAAACUCUGGCACUGUCCUGAGUAGGAGAUUAACAGAGGCAAGUCACCCAGUUAGGGAAUACCUUUACUCACUAUUUCUACUGCAUAAUAUUGUGAAAUUGGGUUUAUAUUGAUAAGCUUGAGCCUCCCGAUAGGCAAGAGUCACUAAAGUUUACAGUUAAUACCAAAAGUUUUAUUAGGGGAGUUCCCGCUCUGGCACAAUGGGAUCGCCGAGGUCUCUGGAGCACUGGAAAGCAGAUUCAGUCGCCGACCUAGCGCAGUGGGUUAAGGAUCUGACAUUGCUGUAGUGUAUGUUGCAACUGCAGCUCGGAUCUCAUCUCUCCAUAUGCUGUGGGAUGGCCAAAAGAGACAAAAAAAGUUAUUAGGGGCUGGAAAAAAAAAGGGAAAGUCAUCCAUGUUUGUGUUUUUCCUAAGAUCUAUUUGGGGUAUCAUAUAAGCAAGUAUUAAUAAAACUAACACACCAAAGAGUUAUGUAAAACAUGUUGUAUUAAUUUGGGUCCCCCUUAAGAGACAUUUUUUAUUUCCAUCCUGAAAUGAAUCAUAUAUUUUAAAAUAGAAUAUUAUUAAAGUGCUGUUUAUGUGAGAUAAUCUGAAUGAUAUUCGCAAAAAAAACAUAAUUAAUGAUUUGUUUGUAAUAAUGCUGAUUGUUAGAUUUUUAUGAGAAAUUAGUAGCUAUAAAUACUGUAGCAACACUCAGUUUAAUAUUUUGGACCCUAGACACUGUCGUUGUCUAAAAUAAUCUUUAAACAUUAUCUGCAUUGUCAUUAAAUAUAUAUUUAUUAUACAGCUCAGUAAUUUUUUUAAAGUUUAUGAAAUUAU